AUGCUAAUUGAAAUAUUUUCUAGCGGUUUGGCAUGGACGCUCAUUGCAGUCGUUGCCUGUUUAUGUCACAUUUUCACAAAUCAGGACCAUAUUUUUCCCGUUGUCAAUGCCUACCCAGGCGACUUCUUUCGUCGAAAAGCAUACCGUGAAUACCUCGAGAACGCUGGUAAGCUAAUUGCUGAUGGCUUUGCCAAGCAUCACGGACCUAUAACUCUGCUUGUUCCUGGUGGCACGAAAAUUGUGCUGCCCCCUGCUCUUAGCGAUUGGGUGAAGACGAAUAGAGACCUCGAUCACCAGGAGCUGGUCAGGGAAGAGUACUUUGCACGAUUCCCGGGAUUUGAAGCCCAACGCGCGGCUCAUGACCCUGACAGGAUGCUCAUUGACGUGCUGCGAACAAAAUUGUCUCAAAAUGAGAAGAUAUUACCGACCGUCAAUCAGCAUCUCGGGGCCGCUCUGCGACAUUACUGGGGCGAUAGCGAGUCCUGGCACGCCAUAAACUGGGAUAAAGACACCACCGGAAUCAUUUCGCGAGCAGCAGCCUCAGUGUUUGUCGGCCCUGAAAAAGCCGCCGACUCUGAGUGGCAAAUUCUCGUUCAGGCAUAUGUGCGUGAGUUCUUCAGUGCUGUGGGCGAGCUUCAUGCGUGGAGAGCACCAUUCCGGCCGAUCGUGCAAUGGUUCUUGCCGCAUACCUCGGCUUGUAGAGCUCUUGUCCGACAAGCUCGCGUAAUAAUGCACGAUGUGGUCAGCAAGAGGGAACAAAAAGCAAGAGCUGCACGAGAUCAAGGUCUGGAGGCGCCUCAAUACAAUGAUGCCGUUUCCUGGACUCAGGAAGAUCCCCGGAACAGUCUACCGGCAGGCGAUAUCCAGCUCGCUUUGGCGAUGGCGGCACUUUUCACAACCACUGAGGUCCUGAAGCAGGUCCUUAUCGACGUUGCUCAACACCCUGGCCUUGUCGAGCCCCUCAGGCAGGAAAUCAGGCAGUCAUUAUCGGGUCACCGACUUGGACUAGCCACGCUAGCAAAGAUGGAAUUGCUCGACAGCGUGAUGAAAGAGUCACAGAGGCAGAUUCCUGUUUUAGUGGGUUUGGAGCGUAAAGUUAUUCGCGAGACCACCCUUCCAGACGGCACGAGAAUACCCAAGGGAUCUCACAUCAUGGUCGACUCAAGAGAAAUGUGGAGCCCAGAAGUUUACAACAACCCUGAAGUGUAUGACGGGUACCGAUUUUUGAAGCGACGUCAAGCGGGAGAUAAGGCGAGCCAGUUUGUGCAAUCGAGCAGGGAACACAAUGUCUUCGGAGGUGGUAGACAUAUAUGCCCUGGCCGCUUCUUCGCUAGCAAUGAGUUGAAGUUAUGCUUGGCGCACAUUCUGCUCAAGUAUGAUAUUCGGUUGCAGGAUGGUUACUGCUCGAGAUCUGUGCAGUUUGGGGUUUAUGCGAGCGUCGACCCCGUUGCGCAGCUUGAGAUUCGACGAAGAGGAGAGAACGAGGACUGUCUGCUGUUGGAUGUUUAG